AUGGCCUCGAUAAUACCACGACGUGCCCUGGCGGCCAGGAGCGCUGCUGCCGCCCUCAUCCCUCGAGCAUCCCUCGUCCCUGCUCUGGCAGCCCAACCUCACCGCGACUCCUCCACUCUAACAACCCAACGCUCCACCAGCGUCGUCAGACGCGAAGUCCCACUCCCGAGCCAGCAGAAACCAGAAGGUGUCGUCGACUACGCAUUAACCACCCUCGACGCCAUCGCAAACUGGGCCCGUCAAGGCUCCCUCUGGCCAAUGACCUUCGGUCUCGCCUGCUGCGCCGUAGAAAUGAUGCAUCUCUCAACCCCACGUUACGACCAAGAUCGUCUUGGAAUUAUUUUCCGAGCUUCACCACGUCAAUCCGAUGUUAUGAUCGUAGCUGGUACGCUGACGAAUAAAAUGGCACCGGCGUUGAGACAGGUUUAUGACCAGAUGAGUGAACCGAGAUGGGUUAUUUCCAUGGGAAGUUGUGCGAAUGGUGGAGGGUAUUAUCAUUAUAGUUAUAGUGUUACUAGAGGGUGUGAUAGGAUUGUGCCGGUUGAUAUUUAUGUGCCUGGGUGUCCGCCGACGGCGGAGGCGUUGAUGUAUGGGAUUAUGCAGUUGCAGAAGAAGAUGAGGAAUACUAAGAUUACAAGAAUGUGGUACAGGAAGUAG